AUGGAUAUACCCGCUAUCGCAACCAAAACUCCCAGCACGCCUGGUUCCCCCUCCUCCAUAUUAUACCCCAGCCCAGGCUCGAGACCUACCACCCCACGCUCUGAAAGUGUUAUUCGAUACGAGACCGGGGACGAUUACUACCAGCCGCCGCCGUUCUGGUUUCCCAGAAUCCAGGCGCUCUGCAAGACCCUGUGGCCAAACGCGAGGCAUAAUAUCGCCUUCUUGGCCGUGGGCACCUACAACAAAGUCUUUGGGCUUUCUGUCCUCCACGAAGACGGCGCCGCAUGCGGAGAGUACGUGCUCAAGCUGCCGGAACUUGAGGACACCGUCACGAACACCGUAGGAGUGCUGAGGUAUCUCGAGCGGCGUACAAGCCCGGCCGAAGGGGAGUCGAGAGCGCUGAGGCUGCCGGAGGUGGUGGGGUGGGAUGGCACCAAGGAUAAUGAUCUCGGGUAUCCUUAUAUAAUGACGAAGCGCAUCCCGGGUAUGAAUCUAGGGAAGGAAUGGGAGGCUUUGGCGCAGAGCCAGAGGAUGGCUGUUGCGACACAAAUCGCGCGUCUGUAUAUGGACUUCGAGAGUAUCAGCAGCGCCGUGACUGGUAUCAUCAACGUCCCUCCCACACACAACACUGCCGAGAAAUCUAUAUCCCCGAAGCCCGAUGAGUUGCUCGAGAUCUCUGCUUUUGGAACUACGUUCGCGGGUGACCAGGCUCGUCACACUGACUUUGAAGACGAGGAGAACGGGCUGCUGCCUCUCGAUAGACUCUACGCCGAUCCGCCAGGACUUCCAGUUGGCGAAAUGAUGCUCGCGCCACUCAAACGACGAAUAUCUCAGGCCCUGCACCAAGAGACCCCAGAUCUGAACAUCGUCGAGUACCACUACAAGCCCUUGUUAUAUAUACUUGGACAACUGAAUGAAGGUGAUAUUUUUGCAAGUGUUGAUGACGGCAAUGACGAAGACACGCGUUUCUGUCUCUGGAACUUGGAUCUCACGCCUAGUAAUAUCAUGAUAGACUAUGCAACCAACCAUGAGCCAUACAUCACGGGCAUUCUUGAUUGGGAGGCGGCAAUCUUCGGUCCUCGUUUCAUGACUGCAGAGCCCCCGAGAUGGUUGUGGACCAAUGAAGUUGCGACCAAGAGCUGGCCCGAAUAUGAUCCAGAGCCUCUGCACAAAAGGCUCAUGGAUGCGGAUUCCCGAGAUGACGACGCGAUCAAGGGGGUGUUUGAGCAGGCUAUGGGACCAGAAUGGUUGAGUAACGCGUAUGACCCAGAGUUCGUAUUUGCGAGACAAAUAUUGAAGCUCAGCAUGUUGAGUGUCUGGGGACAAGCGGAAGUUGACGAGUCGGAGGAUAUCCAGCUUGCUUGGGAUGGGUUCUGCGACGAGAGACAGACGGAGGCCGAGCAAGAGACACUGGAAGAAACCCUGGCUGAUUUGAAUAUUAGCAGGGAGCCAUAA